AUGUCCGCCCUACGAAUGCCUUUCAUCGCCCGCCAAGCACCCUUCCGCGCCAUUGGAGGAGCUUCGAGGUCGUUCCAGAGUUGUCGGGUAUUGGCUGUGGGCAAGGAGUCUGCGCUACACAACGAGGGCCGCCCGGAAGAAGUGGAGGCGCAUAAGCAGGAUCAGCUGCAGAAGCAGAAGGAGGGCAAGGGCCACUGGAAAGAUGAGCUGGCUAGUGAUAGUGAGAGUAUUGUGAAAGCCGAUCGGGGUGAGACGGGCACGAGUGCGAAGGAUAAUAUUAAGGAGUUGCAGAAGGAGACGGAGAAGCUUGCGAAUGAGAAGAAGAUCUAG